AUGAAGGCCUCGGAGGUGUUAGGACUGCUGCUUUCACUUGUUUCCCUGACUUGGAUGAGUUCUGGGCAAGAGCCAGUGUUGGUGGAAUGCAGCCGUCUUAAUUUUCGUGUUAUAGCUAAAAGAGCUCUAUUUUACAGAGAUGAAUUUGUAGGUCCUGAUAAAUUGUUUCUAGGGACUGGCUGUCAGGCAAUUCGAGUGAGACCAGAUGAAAUUGAGUUUGACUAUCCUGUUAGUCUCUGCGGAAUUGAAACACAGGUUUUCCAUGAUAGAGUUGUCAUUCAAUCCUGGCUUACCUACACACCAAGGAAUCAAUUAAUUUCUGCUGAACUUCGUUUGAAUUGUAUGGUUCCCAGUGGGGGAUUCGGUGAGAGUGUUGAACAAAAUAAAAAGUUAUGGCUGUUAAAGCAAGGCCUGUUCUUGAUACAGUACAGAUUCUGUGUGAGAUGUGACUAUGCUCACUUCAGAGAUAACUGGCUAUUUAAUAAUCAACUUUUGAAAGCUGGUCCAAGUUAUAUGCAGUACUGUGGCCUGUAA